GCAACAUGAGAGACACAAGAUCAAUAUUAUCAGCGAAAUUAAACAUAAAGCCUGGUCAGAUUAAAAAGUUACAAGAUGCCGGCUACAAAUUUCUAGAAGAUUUAAAAGAAGCAUCUCCACUUACUUUGAGCAAAGGGGUAUCAGUACAAGAAGCCCUUAGUAUAAUUCGACAAAUUAAGAAUGAUAAACUACCAUCCGCUAGCCUUACUUCAAUUAUCAGACGGGAGACAUAUGCGAUACCUACUUUUUGCGAUGGUAUUGAUAAAUUGCUCGGAGGGAAAGGUGUUGCAUUAGGAAAAAUAAUAGAAUUCUGUGGAAUUCCCGGGAUUGGCAAAACACAGAUGGGAAUUCAACUUUCUAUUAAUGUUCAAAUACCUCGAAGCUUAUCCGGACCCGAGGGUGAAGCUGUAUAUAUUGAAGGUAGUUUCAUAAUUCAACGCGUUGCUGAAAUAGCAAACGGUACUAUCACGAGACUUAACGAGACGGUCGAAG